CAACCGCGCUCCCGUGCCAAGGUCGGCGCCGUUGUCCACAGCGUGCCUUCAGCCACUUCCCAUCAGAGCUUCACGCAGUUCCAUAACCAUGCUGUGAUUACUCCCGUGGUCAAGCACGUUGUGCCCGCCGUGCCUGUGGUCAAGACUAUUGCUACUCCUGUGGUUCAUGCUGCUCCAGUUGUGCACGCCGCUCCAGUUGUCCACGCUGCUCCCGUCGUCCAUGCCGCUCCUGUCUACCACGCCGCUCCUGUUGUUCCAGUGGUCAAGCAUGUUGCUCCCGUUUUCCACCAGACCUAUGUUGCGCCCGUUGUCAAGACUGUGCCCCAUGCCGUCUCUCACCAGAGCCACACUCAGAUCCACCAGAAAACCGCUGUCUACACUCCCGUUGUGGCGCCAGUUCUGAAGACCAUCGCAACUCCAGUUGUGCCUGUGGUGAAGCAUAUUGCUCCAGUUGUCCACGCCGCUCCCGUUGCCCACGUCUAUCAUCAUUAACAACUCCAUAGCUUCUUAUAGUUUCUGUUGAAUUUUAUUAAAUGACACUCGUUGAACAU